AUGCGUGAGUCUAGCUAUGAGAACUUACCCUGGACAUCGCUGAGACAGCACGACAGUGGUGUCAACCAUGGAACAUUCUUGCACAUCGCUCAUGAGGAAGGCUUGAUCCGAAAUACUAGUAUACACGCGGGCAUCCGAGCUCCUGUGGUACGACCGAAAGGUGAUGUGCGCAACGACCUUCGAUGUGGUUUUGAGAUGGUCAAGGCUCGGGCAAUCGAUCGAUUGGGUGUAGCUGGAAUGAUCGACAAGCUCAAAUCUCGCGUCGCUGGAACGAAGGUCUACAUCAGUGUCGAUAUAGACGUACUCGAUCCGGCAUUCGCACCUGCCACGGGAACAGCCGAAGUCGGUGGCUGGAGCACACGAGAGCUUUUGUCUAUUCUGGACGGUCUCGAAGGACUAGACGUCGUUGGGGCAGAUGUUGGUACGUAUUUUCCGAGCCCCGUUGACUUAUUAGUAAGAGCACUAGAAGCUGACUGA